CCGCGGCCCGCGCUUGGAGAGGAGAUAGGUCACAACAAAGCGCAUCUGGCCUGGAAUCUCCAUCGCAGACACCGUCCUCUUCGUGCGCAAGAUGUCGCUCAAGUCUGUCUAUGAACGAUUCCUCGCGGAUCCGGCCUCCGCGCCACUAGCUUCCGAUGUCUCGCUGAUCUAUAUCACCACCACAACGACCGUGAAUGAGGCUGGCGCAGUGCUCAAGCACCUGUCCAGCCAGCAGAGAAUUGUCAAGAAGAAGGCGGAGAAGAUCAUUGGAGUCGUCGAGGCACCGGACUCUCUGUGCUUGGAUGUCGAAACCACGUUGGAGUUCGUUGAUGGAGGCGGGGCUUAUCUCCCCUCACUAGACGAUAAUUUCCUAGUCGACCAUGUCGCGACUUUCCCAACCGUUCAUAUCGUUCGAUUCAACGCCCAGAAGGAGAUUCAGCAGAUCAGACUUUACUGGGACCAAGGAUCGUUGUUGAAGCAGGUUGAGGUCAUUGGCGCACGUUCGCGCAGUUGGCCCAUUCGCGAUGCAAAGGACCAGCUCCGUCUGAUCACUUCUGCAACCGCUGGGGAGCCUAGUGGUCUAGUGACACCACCAAACGGCUCUGAGAAGACAGCUGCGCCGAAAGAAGAGCAGGACCGUGACACCACGAUUUCUCCCAGCAGGAAGCGCAUUAAGGACCCUUACGCCGCUGAAUCACUCUUUGAACUUCUGUCCCCUGGACAGGACCGAGUGCAGCCGGUUGUUGCUCCACGUGCACCUGCAACUGCAAAGCCUCCUCCGCGCGACUACAGUGAACUUUUCGUUGGAGAGGAUGACGAUGCUGUGCCAGCACAUUCCUCGACUAACCGCCCGAUCGCUCCCAAGAUAGGGUCUUCGAAGCACUAUAAGGCUUCCCCUCUGUUCCUGGAGGAGGAGGAUCAAUCCGUUACCCAGGAAGAACAGAAACUGACCAAGCCAAUUGCACCCAAAGCCGGCGCCAGCAAGAACUUUAAGCCUUCUCGUCUGUUCAUUGGUGAGGAGGAGGAGCCCGUGGAAGACAAACAGCCGGCGUACAAGACUCACCCGAAGAAGUUCAGUCACUUCGAGCUGGGUGACGGCGAUGGCGAAGUUGAGCAGCAGAGCAAGCCCAUUCCCUCACGCCCGAAGUCGCAGCAUGUUGCGCAGUGGGGUUUUGAGGAUUUCGUGACGCCUGAGAAGCCGAAGCCCAAGAUCCGACCCUCUGACACUCGUCAUUUCGCAUGGAGCGAUGAUGAGGCUGAAGACACUCCCCCGGCCAGGGUACAUGUGGCCCAUCCACGACGUGAUGCGGAGACACACUUCAAACUUCAACACGACGACAGUCCUGAUGAAGAACACGUCCAACCUGAGAAGGCUUUAGGUGCCCAUAACAAGGGCAUGGGUCUUUACGAGAACAACUUGUAUGACGAGGAAGGCAGUCCUACACGCCACCAACUGGAGCAGAAGGCACCGCUUGCUAUCAUCCCGAACGGCACCCAUCGCAAGAAGGACUUUGACAGCCACUGGUCGGUCACGGAUGCCAACCCUGCUGAAGACGAGCCGGUCGGCCAUGAAAACAAGAAGCCUAUUAGUCACGACAAGUUGAAGCACAUCAAGCACAUGGAAGCUUCCUGGGCUGCAUAUGACGUGUCUCCCGAGCAAAAAGCUGGAGCGAAGCCGAAGCGUACGAGUCGUAACAUUGCCCAGCCAAGUUGGAUGCUUGGUGAUGAGGACGAGGGCUUUUAGAAUUGGGAUGGACCCUGAGGGAUGGGGCCUGGCUUGUGAGCCAUCCACUGGAGCCUUGCCGUCAGAUGAGCCGUACUCGUCUAUAUGUCCUGCGCGCGACAUUUCCUACUGGACUCGUUUCACUGGCUAACCGCUAUUUUCUUUUUCUUUUUCUUUUUUUUCCUGGCCUGUUCGGGCUCAAGCAUACCAAAAACCUGCCACAGAGGAUAUUCGCUUCCAGUGGUCC